CGAUUUGUUUCCGGGUCACGGUUUCGCAUGGCGGUUAUCUGCUAGAAUACGUCAAACCCGAUUCUCUCAAAGCGUUGUAACUGCCAGUUGAAGUGUAGCUAUAGGAGCACCGAAUGGCCACAGAUGUGCAGGACCGUGGGUGUGAAGGAGAACCACCGCCCCUGCCUCCGAGGAAGGCCAGAGAAACUGCUGGUUCACAGUCUUCAAGUCAACUUCCUCAUGUAGCUCCUUCCACGUCAGACGAUGCGUUGACCAGCCCUGACCGGGUGCCGCCCACAUCUUGUCGUGUGGAGGAACUGCGUCGCAUCAUUACCGGACCUUUCGGUCUCGUCCUCAUGCCCUCUCGGUCGCACGACGAAGUGUUUCCGCGAUUAUACGUCGGCGAAGGUGACAUUGCUAAGAAGCUGCCCCGCCUACAGGAGUUGGGCAUCACUCAUGUUGUAAACGCUGCACACAAUAUCGGAGUUUUCACCGGCCCCCACUUCUACCGAGACACGAACAUUCAGUAUUUAGGAGUGGAGGCAGUGGACCAUGAUGGUUUUGACAUGAUGCCGUACUUCAUACAGACAGCCGACUUCAUAGAAGAUGCUCUUAGAGAUGACACGGCAAAAGUCUUGGUACACUGUUUGGAGGGUUUCAGUCGGUCGGCUACCUUGGUUAUAGCCUACCUGAUGCUGAAGCAAGGCAUGAUGGUACAGGAGGCCGUAAGGACAGUCAGGGAUCGGCGCGAAGUUUGCCCGAAUGAUGGAUUUCUCAAGCAACUCUGUAUUCUGAACGACAAACUGCUGUCGUCAAGGAGUAAACAAACAGAAACUUAGUCUGGGGUCGCUGGCUAGCAACCUCACUUUUAAGAAUUUAUAGUAAGAAUUUGUAGAAUCUUUUGUACAAAAUAUACGUUUUCUUACAAAUGUUGCAUGUUGUAUCUGCCAAGUAGUAAAAUCAAGAACCUUAGACCGUGAUGAUAUGUGUAUGUGACAGUAAGACACAUAACUGCUUUUAAAAACCUUCAUUUUCUGUUGUACUAAAUGGAUAUUAUAUAAAUUUAUAUAUAGCUUC